GCGCUGGUGCUGCGGGUGGGGGCGCGUCAGGCCCACUCGGGUCUACCGAGCUGCAGAUGCUGGCCCCCUUUUGCCAAGCGCGACGGGGACGACGAGACCGCGGGCAAGUACCAGUACAAGAUCGACGCCCUCGCGGCGAAGCCCAAGCCAGCCCCGAACCCUCUUCAAGAUCAAGUGUUGGACCUUCAUCGGGAGAUCACGAAGUUUGACGGCAAUAUGGAAUCGGACCUGGCCAUGUACAACCGGUGGGCGGAAAGGGUUCGCAAGCAUGAUAUUUUCUUGCGCGAUCUGUUCGACAGGCCCAAAGCCCGGAUCGAGCAGCACCACAUCCUGGUUGCGUACGGCACCAUCGACGACGGCGGCCUCUUAUGCGACCUCCCAGGCGACGCCGAGCUGGAGCAGGCGGACAUCGAGGAGAUGGAGAUGCUUCGCCCCCAGCUCGAGGAUCUCAUCGCCAACGCGGCCAAGCAGCUCUUCGAGAGCGUCGUGGCCCGCGCGGUGGCG